AGAAGACAUGGCGUCACGACUCCGCAUAAACAAUCUGAGGUCGACAGUGGCAGAAAUUAGACGAUUUGACUGCUGAAAAAUGUCCAACAGGUGGUUUUGCCAUCAGGUUCUUUACCACGAUGCCUUUGUAGUUUGCUUAUCUAGAUGUAUGGCUUUAAGGUGUCCGUUGAAUUGACGAAAACACUGGAUCUGGAAGAACAUGAAUCAUCUGUGAGAGUGUGACAUAGAACAGUGACCAGAAACAUGGAAAUAAUGGCCGUGAACGUAUCGCCCACUUCACCUGCUACGGCAACGCUUUCUCCGUCUCCCGUUCUGGAGGAAUCCGGUUUUCCCCUCGCCUCCUUGGACAGUGAGGAAUACGUGUUUGUAGAGGCACGCCACCCCAACAAGGUGCUGGAAGGCCUCAACAGUCUGCGCCUGAAUAAUGCCUUUUGUGAUGUGACACUGUGCUGCGGAGGACAGGAGUUUCCCUGCCAUCGCAUCGUUCUUGCCUCUUUUAGCUCCUAUUUUCAGGCCAUGUUUUCCACUGAUCUGAUGGAGUCGCGUCAGGAGCGCGUGGCCAUCAACGGUGUGGAGCCGCAGAUGAUCGGCAUGCUGGUGAGCUACGCCUACACCGCCGAGGUGGUCAUCUCCAAGGCCAACGUGCAGGCCCUCCUGGCCGCUGCCAACCUCCUGGACGUGAUGGCAGUGCGCGAGGCCUGCUGCCGUUUCAUGGAGCGCCAGAUGGACGAGAUCAACUGCGUGGGCAUCCACUGUUUCGCCGAGGCGCACUCCUGUCACGAGCUGGAGCGCCGCAGCAUGGAGUACAUCCAGGAGCACUUCAGCACCGUCUGCCAGCAGGAGGAGUUCCUGUCUCUGUGCGCUGACAAGCUGACCGAGAUCAUCUCCAGCGACCACCUGAACGUGCCAAAAGAGGAGACGGUGUUUGAGGCAGCAAUGCUCUGGCUAAACAAGAGCACGUCUCGGAGACAGAGCUUUGAAAAAGUGCUUGAACACAUCCGCAUGCCCCUCAUAAGCCCGUACUACAUCCAUGACGUCAUUGAGUCCCUGGAUGUGGUCAAGGAGUCCCUCAAGUGCCAGAGGCUCAUCUCCGAGGCCAAGGACUACAUGCUGCUGCAGGACCGGAGAGGGGAGCUCUACGGCCCCAGGGCUCGGCCACGCCGCUCCACAGGCACAGCUGAAGUCAUUGUGACAGUCGGUGGGGAGGACGACAAGGUGGUUCUACGAAGUGUGGAGAGCUUUGACCCCCUGACCAACCAGUGGAAGAGCCUUGCUUGUCUUCCAUUUGCUGUCAGCAAACACGGUUUAGUUGUUUCAGGCUCCAUGUUAUAUCUGGCAGGAGGGGAGUUCCCAGAUGGCUCAGCCAGCCGUGAGAUGUGGCGCUAUGACCCCUGCUUCGACUCCUGGCAGGAGAUGGCCCCAAUGAAUGUAGCGCGCUCAGAACUGGGUCUAGUCAUGCUGGAUGGAUAUGUGUUUGCUGUGGGGGGCUGGGAGGGCCGCUCUCGCCUAGACACAGUGGAGUGCUACAAUCCCCACAGCAACAGCUGGCAGUUCAUGGAAUCAGUCAAGAUGGCAGUCACCAGCCCUGCUGUGGUAGCAUUAGAUGGUCUUCUUUACGUCACAGGUGGAGCUGUUCUUGAGGAUGGAGAUGGCACAGAUCUUGCACAGGCGUACAACCCAAAAACGUGUGCAUGGACAGAGGUAGCCCCCAUGCAGAUCGCUCGCUCAGGGUCGGCGGCCUGCACCCUGAAGGGCAAGAUCUAUGUUAUAGGGGGCUGGCAUGCUUCCACAGAGAACACAGACAAGGUGGAGUGUUACGAUCCUAAGACCAAUCAGUGGACCAUGUGUGCCCCAAUGAAGGAGCGGCGGUACCGACCUGGGGUGGCUGUAGUGGACGGGAAGAUUUAUGUUCUGGGGGGAGAGGAGGGGUGGGAUAGGUACCACGACACAAUCGAGCGGUACUCUGAGGAAACAGACAGCUGGGAGAUUGUAGGGGAGAUGCCCACCAGCCGGAGCUGGCUAAGCUGUGUGUCCAUGCAGCUGAGGAAGGACUCUCGGGGUGGCAGCUGUCCUGGAACAGCUGCUGAGACGGAGUUCCCAGAUGUUGACUGAACACUUCCAAGUUGGCGGUCACAUGCAGGGGCAAAUUCUGCCAGCACUUCGCUUGCUGUGGUCAGAGCAAGACGACGAUUGGCGUUGCAGCCGUAAAUUUGUGUCUCGGUUAAGAGGCACCCACUCCAUUACAAAUGGGUGGUUGCUAAAACAUACCCUUCCGGAAGGGUCCAUGCACACAUGCCUUUUCAGGUGGAUUCAUUCCAUUAUCCAAAGGUGGGAGUCGAAGGAACACUCGCCCAUGUGUGCAGUGUGUUUUUUGUGAUUGUAGACCAUGUCGUCCCAUCCAUUCUGCUCUGGAGUAUAACAUGUGAUGUGAACAUGUGCCCUUAGGGCUUUGUUUUGUAGCGUCCAUUUGUGUAUUAUUGUAACUUUAUCUGUAGUCUUUUGUGUAGUAUUUUUGUACAGUAUUUUCUAUUGUGAUGCUAAUUUUGUAUUUAUUAGUUACUUCAAUUAGUACAUGCAUACAGUAAGUUUUGCCUAAUGGGCACACCUGAUAUUUAUCAGCAUUAAGGAGAUGCCAUUUACAUGGAUCGUUAGCGUCACUGGAAUAUUAGUGCUUUAUGACAAUCAGGUCAUCACCCCCGAGUGAAGGGUGUGUGUAUAUGAAUCCGUUUGUUUAAUGUUCAAACCUCAAGACAUCUACCUGGAAUAUGCGUGUUAAUAUAUUAAAUACUGAACCAUCUUUUAAGAUGUCAUGAGCUGUUCUGUCUUCAAAUAAAAUACAUUUUGCAAGCACAU